AUGAGAUUGCUUUCCCACAAUUUACUCUAGUGCAACGUUAAAAAUUGCAAAUCAAAUAAUUUCCCCUUGAAGAUUUAGGUCGAUAAAUCCAACAUUAUAAAUUGCGAAUUCCGUAAGGAACCUCUUGUUAAGCUCAUUCCUAAAUUAGAUUGGAAUGCCUUAGCUAUUACUGUCCAUAAUCUUGCUAAGAAUAAAGAAUUCCCUGAAAAAUUUAGCCCUGCUCUCUUAGAUGAUUAAAAGUUUAUGCAAGAAUUACACAGAAUUUUGAUGGAAACUCAUAUUAUUGAAGGUGCUUUAAUCUGUGAAGGUUGCAAUAAGAGAUAUCCCAUUAAAAAUGGUAUCCCCAACAUGAUUUUAAAUGAUGAAGAAGUUUGA